UCGCGCUCUUUCCGGCGCUAUAAAAACCGCCACCACCUUCCCCCAACGCCACCCGCCGAUCUAUCUGUCCACCCAACCGCCUGCUGCUCGAUCGAUCGCCGGUCAUGGCCGCCGCCUCCUCUUCCCUCCCGCCCAAGCCUCCCAACUGCGCCGCCGCCGCCACGGCCGUGGUGGCCGUGCUCGACCAGCCGCCCUACCACGACGUGGACGCCGGCGCCGCCACGCCCAGCUCCAGCGUCAGUAGUAGCAGCAGCAGCACGGCGAGCGUCGCGGGCCGCUCCUCCACGUUCUCGCUCGACCCGCCGACGCCCUCCUCCUCCCCGCCGCGCCCGCACCGCGCGGCCGACGUCGCCUGGGCGCCCAUCCGAGCCGCCGCCGCGCCCCUCGGCCCGCGGGACUUCACCCUCGUCCGCCGCGUCGGCGCGGGGGACAUCGGGACCGUCUACCUCUGCCGCCUCGAGGAGAAGAGCGCCGCCUCCACGUCGUCGUGCCACUACGCCAUGAAGGUGGUCGACCGCCGCGCGCUCGCCAAGAAGGGCAAGCUGGGCCGCGCCGCCGCGGAGAAGCGGGUCCUGCGCCGGCUCGACCACCCGUUCCUGCCCACCAUGUUCGCCGACUUCGACGCCGGCCAGGACUACUCCUGCAUCGUCAUGGAGUUCUGCCCCGGCGGCGACCUCCACUCGCUCCGCCACCGGAUGCCCGGCCGCCGCUUCCCCGUCGCGUCCGCAAGGUUCUACGCCGCCGAGGUGCUCCUCGCGCUCGAGUACCUGCACAUGAUGGGCAUCGUGUAUCGCGACCUCAAGCCGGAGAACGUGCUCAUACGCGCCGACGGCCACAUCAUGCUCACCGACUUCGACCUGUCGCUCGAGUCAACGGCGUCGCCGGCGCUCGAGGAGGCGAGGACCGGUGCCGAGGAGGACGACACGGUGAUGCCGACCUGCCUCCCGGAGGUGCAGCUGUUCAGGCUCAGGAGGUGGAGGCGCCGCGCCGCGCCGCGGCCGCGGCCGCGGUUCGUGGCGGAGCCGGUGGACGCGCGGUCGUCGUCGUUCGUCGGCACGCACGAGUACGUGGCGCCUGAGGUCGCGCGCGGCGGCGGCCACGGCGCCGGCGUGGACUGGUGGGCGUACGGCGUCUUCCUCUACGAGCUGCUCUACGGCCGCACCCCGUUCGUCGGCGCCACCAACGAGGCCACGCUCCGCAACAUCGUGCGCCGCCCGCUCGAGUUCCCCUCCUCCGCCUCCGCCGCCGCCUCGCCGCACGACGCCGCGGCGCGCGACCUGAUCGCGCGGCUGCUGGACAAGGACCCCCGGUCGCGCCUCGGGUCCCGGCGCGGCGCCGCCGACGUCAAGUCCCACGCCUUCUUCAAGGGCCUCAACUUCGCGCUGCUCCGGUCGUCGUCGCCGCCCGUCGUGCCGCCGCCGGCCGUCGCGGCCGCGCUGCAGCACCAGUGCAGCAAGGCGGCCGACGUGCCCCAGCUGUUCGACCUCUUCUGACACGUACCUGCUCGGCGCGUCUCCAAAGUCCAAAGCAAGGAAUUUUUUUUUGUUGCUGUUAAUUAAUUAAUCGAGGCACGAAUUGACCAGAGCUAGCUGGCUAGAAUCCGGUUGACUAAUUACUCUCCAUAUUAGAACUGCUGUACAACACUGUCAAUUAGUUAAUUAUUAACUAAUUAGUGAAAU